GUGACGUCAAACAUCCUCGUUCUAUAAAUACCCGUGUUUCCCGCCUUCGCGCACACACUCGCAGUGAAAAGAUUCGUAACGUGUCUUUGCUGUCGCGUACUUCGGUGAUUUUGCAGUUUUCCCUUCUCUUCUUCACAAAAAUCAAUCAAAAUGCGUGAAUGUAUCUCAAUCCAUGUUGGACAAGCCGGUGUACAAAUCGGAAAUGCCUGUUGGGAGCUUUAUUGCUUGGAACAUGGCAUCCAGCCUGAUGGUCAAAUGCCAAGUGACAAAACCAUCGGAGGUGGAGAUGAUUCCUUCAACACCUUUUUCAGUGAAACUGGUGCAGGAAAACAUGUCCCAAGAGCCGUUUUUGUCGACUUAGAACCUACUGUAGUCGAUGAGGUACGAACUGGAACAUACAGACAACUUUUCCACCCAGAACAACUCAUCACAGGCAAAGAAGAUGCUGCUAACAACUAUGCUAGAGGACAUUACACGAUUGGCAAAGAAAUUGUUGAUCUUGUCCUUGAUCGCAUUCGCAAACUUGCAGAUCAAUGUACUGGUCUUCAAGGUUUCUUGAUUUUCCACUCUUUCGGUGGUGGAACUGGAUCUGGUUUCGCUUCCUUGCUUAUGGAACGUCUUUCAGUUGAUUACGGAAAGAAAUCCAAGCUUGAAUUCGCAAUCUACCCUGCCCCUCAGGUUUCAACAGCGGUUGUGGAACCAUACAACUCCAUUCUGACCACCCACACAACACUUGAGCAUUCCGACUGUGCUUUUAUGGUUGACAAUGAGGCCAUUUAUGACAUCUGCCGACGUAAUUUGGAUAUCGAGCGACCAACCUACACCAACUUGAAUCGUCUGAUCGGACAAAUUGUGUCAUCCAUCACCGCCUCCCUCCGAUUCGAUGGUGCUCUUAACGUCGAUCUUACAGAGUUCCAGACCAACUUGGUGCCAUACCCACGUAUUCAUUUCCCUCUGGUAACCUACGCACCGGUUAUCUCAGCGGAGAAAGCUUACCACGAGCAGCUUUCAGUUGCAGAAAUCACCAAUGCCUGCUUCGAACCUGCCAACCAGAUGGUGAAAUGCGAUCCACGUCACGGCAAAUACAUGGCUUGCUGUAUGUUGUACAGAGGCGACGUUGUCCCCAAGGAUGUCAACGCUGCUAUUGCAACCAUCAAGACCAAGAGAACCAUCCAAUUUGUCGACUGGUGUCCAACCGGAUUCAAAGUUGGAAUCAACUACCAACCUCCCACUGUUGUUCCAGGCGGUGACUUGGCAAAGGUACAACGUGCCGUUUGCAUGUUGAGCAAUACCACCGCUAUCGCCGAAGCAUGGGCUCGUCUUGACCACAAAUUCGAUCUCAUGUACGCCAAACGUGCUUUCGUCCACUGGUAUGUUGGUGAAGGUAUGGAGGAAGGAGAAUUCUCGGAAGCUCGUGAGGAUCUUGCUGCUCUUGAGAAAGAUUACGAAGAAGUUGGUGUCGACUCCGUCGAGGGAGAGGCCGAGGAAGGAGAAGAAGAGUAUUAAAUGAAUAAAAGCCAUUGUAGUUCUAUGCUUUUAAAAUGUGUUUUUAAAGGUUUAAAUAAAGAUAAUGGGAUUGAUGCCAUAAAUAACUUUG